AUGGCAUCUAUAGAUAACAGGACACAUGUGAAAGAGUUCAUCCUUUUGGGAUUAACAGAUGCCCCAGAGCUUCAGGUGCCCCUCUUUAUCCUGUUCACCCUCAUCUACCUCAUCACCAUGGUGGGGAACCUGGGCAUGAUAGCCUUGAUCUCCCAGGACUCCCAUCUCCACACUCCCAUGUAUUUUUUCCUUAGUAACCUCUCUCUGGUGGAUUUUGCUUACUCCUCAGUUAUUACACCCAAGGUCAUGGCUGGGUUUCUCACAGGGAAUAAGGCCAUCUCUUACAAUGGAUGUGCUACACAAAUGUUCUUUUUUAUAGCCUUUGCAACCACUGAAAAUUAUCUCCUGGCUGUUAUGGCCUAUGAUCGCCAGGCAGCUGUCUGUAGGCCCCUCCAUUACACUACCACCAUGACAUCAAGUGUGUGUGCCAGUCUGGCCAUUGGUUCCUAUGUCUGUGGCUUUCUGGAUUCUGCUAUCCACACAUUUUUCACCUUUAGCCUGUCCUUUUGUAGUUCCAAUGUGAUCCAUCACUUCUUCUGUGAUAUUCCUGUCCUCCUGGCUCUCUCCUGCUCUGAUACCCACACCACUCAAUGGCUGGUCUUUUUACUAGGGGGAUUCAGUGGCUUUUGUGCCAUCCUAGUCAUCUUGAAGUCCUACCUGUUCAUCUUUAGAACCAUCCUGAGGAUCCACUCUGCUGAGGGUAGGCAGAAAGCAUUCUCUACCUGUGCCUCCCACCUGUCAACAGUCUGCCUAUUGUAUGGGACAGUCAGUUUCAUUUACUUCAAACCCAGUUCCAGUCAUUCCAUGGACACAGACAAAGUGGUGUCAGUGUUCUACACCAUGGCCAUUCCCAUGCUCAACCCUCUGGUCUAUAGCUUGAGAAACAAAGAUGUCAAGAGUGCUUUCAGGAAAGCUACCUGGGGGGUGGGGGAGCAAUGA